UGUGGUGUUUGGCAACAGUAACGGCCUGGCGGUGGUGGACUACAUCCAGAAGACGGUAGUACUCAACUUAUCGACGGUGGAACUUUACGGCUCCAACGACCCCUACCAGAGACAGCCGCGCUCGCCAAGAAAGACACGGCAGCCUUCUGGAGGUUUGUGUGACAUCAACGAGGGCUCAGCGACGUCAGAGGACCGCUGCAAAUCCCCUACUUCAGUGUUGAUGACAAACAGCAAUCUGCAACAAUUCUACAAUGGAGGUGGUAGAGGAGCAAAGAUGUCACGGAAAUUAAGCUUGCCUACUGAGCUAAAGCCAGACUUGGUCCUCCUGUCUGUAUGCCCGCCGCGGGGUGCCAACCCAUUAGACCACCGGGAUAAUUCAUUCAGCCGCUCACGCUCCUCCAGCGUCACCAGCAUCGACAAGGAAGCUCGAGAGGCCAUCAGCUGCUUCCACUUCUUUGAGACCUUCGCCCGCAAGGGGGACAGCACUUUGACACCCUGCCUGUAUGUGGGCACUUCCCUGGGAACCGUACUGGCUUUAGCUCUCACAUUGCCUCCUGCUGGGGAGCAACGGCAACUGCAGCCAGUUAUUAUUUCACCUACUGGCAUGUUGGUGCGAUUGAAGGGUAGCAACUUGCGGAUGGCUUUUCUGGACUCUACAGGUGCCCUGCUUCCCCCUGCCUUUGAGCCUUGGUUUGAACCCAAUGUAACGGCAGAUGGUGAAGAAAGAGAGAAGGUUCGAAAGCGCCGGCCCGUCUCAGUGUCCCCUUCAACCUCCCAGGACCUCAACGAGAGCCAGUAUGCAGUGGUGUGUUCAGAGAAACAGGCCAAGGUCCUUUCCCUCCCCUCCCAGACCUGCAUCUAUAAACACAGUAUCACAGAGACCUCCUUUAUCCUGCGGGCAGAUGUGGUGCAAAUGAGCCAAGGCGUGUGUGUGGCGUGUUUCUGUGCCAACGGACACAUCAUGACCCUCAGUUUGCCGGGGCUGAGACCGCUCUUGGAUGUAAACUACCUGCCCUUGACGGACAUGCGGAUAGCCCGGACGUUCUGCUUCACCAACCUGGGUCAGGCCAUGUACCUCUGCUCCCCCACCGAGAUCCAGAGGAUCACUUACAGCCAAGACAUCUGUGAAAACCUGCAGGAGAUGCUGGGCGAGCUUUUUACACCAGUGGAGACACCAGAGGCACCAAACAGAGGGUUUUUCAAAGGUCUCUUUGGGGGCGGAGCUCAGUCACUGGACAGAGAGGAGCUGUUUGGUGAGAUAUCAUCUGGAAAAGCAUCCCGAAGUCUGGCACAGCACAUCCCAGGCCCGGGCGGCAUCGAGGGCAUGAAGGGGGCGGCCUCCGGCGUGGUUGCAGAUCUGGCACGAGCCCGGAUAGCAUUGGAUGAAAGAGGCCAGAAACUGGGCGAGCUGGAUGAAAGGACAGCUGCCAUGAUGACCAGCGCAGAUUCCUUUUCCAAACACGCCCAUGAGAUGAUGCUGAAGUGCAAAGACAAGAAAUGGUACCAGUUCUGAUCCACGACAGGAAAGGAGCAAUGCUCCACAGACACCACUGUCAUCUUCCGUCCGGCUCAUUUGGACUCACCGUGACCCCCCCCCCCCCCCCUCCACCUGCCCAUCCAUCUGUCCAUUCGUCCCAUCCCUCCAAGCCUUCUUCGCUGGGACAUUUGGGAUUUUCUUCCCUAGCACAAUGUUAAACACUGUUCUUACCUCAGUCUAAGGGUGGAACUGAGGAGUGGACAGGGGAAAAAAAGGCAACCUCAAAAAGGGAGCAUAUAAAUGGUGUCUUUUUUUUUUCUUUUUUCUUUUUUUACGUUGUCGUCUCUUUGUUUAUCUCUGUUCAGCCUCUCCUCCGAGGAAGCCGCCUGGCACACGCACCUGGAGAUUUCUUCAUUCUCAUUUGCCAAAACAUCCUUUACUGUCAUCCGAGCCUCGAGCCCAUUGUGGGCCCAGAGCUCAAACCGAUGAACACACAGCUGAAAAGAGACAAAAACCUUAAGAGGAAAACAGACUUUAAAAAAAAUUCUUAAAAUGUAAAAAGAAAGAAAAAAUAAUCUAAAUACAUCAUUAUAUAUACAUAAAUCUAAUAAAUGUGCAAACGCUGUAUCCACUUCCGGGGGGACAAGUAGUAAAGAAAAGGAAAACUUGUGGAGGAGACAUGAAGGAAGUGCUGCGACAGUGACGCCUUCUCUAUGCAGAGAGUCACAGGGAUUAAAGCAACUUACUCCUAUGUAAACUGGAUACUUCACUUUAGACUCUCCUCUGUAUCUUACAGACUUUCAUAUCGUUACCAACAGUGUGCGUGCGUGUGUGUGUGUGUGUGCUAACUUCUAUUUUCUUGCCAUUCUCUAUUUGUUAUUCGUUGGGUUUUCUCUCUGUCUGUAUUAUUGGAAAAUCUCUUAUUUUUCUAUUGUUGUGAAAGUGGAUGAUGUUUGAUUUGUUGAAAAAUCUGUUUUUGUGGCUUUUUGUCUAACAACUCGAGUUUAUCUUCUCCUUAUGAAAAGGGCUGGAAUCUAAAUGGAGGGCAAGGAUAUAAAAGGCAUAUGUCAUUUAGUUCUUACUGACAUGGCAACAUCAGAUUCCUUGAAUCUGAACUUAAAGUGUGUCACACACAUUAUUGUUUACCAUGAAUUGAUCUAUGUGAUGUUAACCGCCUCUGUCGACUUCUUAAUGUCGGACGCUUCCACAGUUUGGCUCUCUCUCUGAGCGUGACUUUGAAUGCUAAUGUAAUCAGUGUUAAAUCCACCGAUCGGUGAGCCAAUUCUGUGGGAUUUCAGAGGUUUUCAAAUGAGUAAACAUCUGUAUGGAGACUCAAAAAAACACAUGGAUAGAAAUAUCCAUGUGUUUCAUAUAUGCAGGAUAAUAGAAAAAAAGAAAGUGUAAACCUUUAAAGGCAUACAUCAGAAACACAUUUCAGUUCUUUGAUUGUCUGUAUGAGCAAGUUGUCUGUGUGAUUUCUUUGUCGAUAUUUAUUUAUUGAGGUGCAAGAAACAGUUGUUUUAGGUGUCAGAAACCUUCAUUACCUUGUUUUGACUCCCAUGUUUGCAGUAAAGCUCAAAUGUGGUGUAUCUCUCUGUCUACCAGGCUUUUAAACCUUUAUUUGUAUAUAAGUAAAUAGUUUGACAAUCUAAGACCAACCGGAAAGUACAACGUUGAGGGUUGCUCAAGCAACAGAAGAGGAGAGAGGCCAUAUUUUUUCUGACGCCAAAGAGUUGCUUUAAACUUUUUCAUUGCAUUCUCAUUUAACCCAUCACGCACAACAGCAGCAUAUUAAUAACAGCUUCUCACAUUGGAGUGCAAGCCCAGGAUCGAAUCCACACAGGACCAUUUUCACCCUCAUCAUCUUUGGAAUUUGAAGACAUGGAGCAAGUUGCAAUGGAACGCAGCCAUUUAUAGUACUACUGUAUCGCAUUAUGUCAUGAAAAAUGUAACAUUUGGACUAAUGUUUAAUGUUUCAAGUGGCCUAACUGUUGGUUAAAUAAUAAGGAUGUUUCCUUAAGAAGAAAACCUGAACCAUUCCACUACAGCUCAGACGCAACAAUAUUGACUGUGUUCAUCUGUGUGUAUGUGUGUAUGUCUGGGAAUGUGUGUGUGUUUGACUCUGUCUGUCAGGGGGUCGUUCAAGUGAUUUAAUUUAUUUGUUUUUGGUUGGUUAAUAAUUAAUAUUGAUGUCCUAGUCUCACCAGUCUGUGUCCAGUCGAGUGUAUGUCCCACUAACUAAAGCCCCCCUCCCCCCCCUUAAUAAUAAAAAAAAUAUAAAAAAUAGGAUAAUGAGCAUAAGAGGAUGACCUCUGAAUUCCAGUUUUUUUUUUAACUUGCACAUUUCCAGUCUUGGCACAUAAGCUUUGACUCACCUUUGCCUUUGUCUUCUGAGUUCUCUCUUCCUCCAGUGAGUCUUUCAUAGACUCUACAGGUUCAACAACAACAAAUAUGGCCUUCUUUGUGUUAGUGAGCAUUGUAGUGUGGUAGCUCUGUCUUUAUCCCUCCACAAACUUCAGGAGAAUUAGCAAGUUUUGAGCCAGAGGUCAUCCCCUCCCCUGAAAAAAACCCUCCUGUAUGAUGUCUUUCCCUCCGAUCCCACUGUUAAUUGUGUUUUUCUUUUCUUUUUUUCAAUGUUGUUGUUUUUAAAUCCAUCUCUAUGUGAUUUGUUUCUCGUCCCUACAUUUCAGUAUGCAGUAUUCUUAACCCGAUUCAAUCCACAUGCUCAAAACAACCAGAGGGAGUCCUGUCUUAUAUCUGCCGUGCGCCAUCUUCUGUCCUGGAUUUCACAGUUAUCAGUGGGUUGCAGUAUUUUUCUCAUUGUAGCCAAUUUUCUUGUACAGUUUUAUGCAACUUUCACAUGGAUGUUUAUGACUUUAUCUGCUGCCACAAAAAGUUUAGAAAUUCUGUAGAUAGAGAUUACUGUGCAAUGGAAAAUAAAAGUGGAAAAUGUA